CGGACAGCCGGCAGGAUAAAAUCCCGGUCUAAGUGCGUCUUAGAUGAUCUCCGUCAUCACCGGGUCGGUAUCCCCGCUCUCAUCUUUAGCGGAUGAAAGAACCCCGGCAAAGGGGCGCCCCUGUGACCGGAGGAGGGUUGGAUUCUCCCCGGCUGGUGACCUCCUGCUCCUGGGGACAAAUCCUCCCACCACCCGGCAUCACCUCCUUUACCCCGGACAGAGAGCGACGGAGCCCACUGAUGCGUCCGGCAGCCCCUGAGGCUCGGCAGUGCUCCGGGGCUUUCCGGUCGGUGGGAGAGGCUCGAGCCGCGGCCGCGCGCUAGGAUGCUGCGCCAGGUGUUGCACGCGGGCCUGAGGACCUCGUUCCACGCGCUGGGUCGGUUCGUAGCGAGCCACCCGGUCUUCUUCGCCUCGGCCCCCGUGCUCCUGUCCAUCUUGCUGGGUGCCAGCUUCAGCCGGUACCGCGUGGAGGAGAACGUGGAGAGUCUGCUUGCGCCCAAACACAGCCUGGCCAAGAUAGAAGGCAACCUCGUGGACAGCUUAUUCCCCGUGAACCGCUCCAAGCACGCGCUCUACUCUGACUUACAGACGCCGGGCCGCUAUGGGCGCGUGAUCAUCACCACCCGAAAGGGGAGCGUACUGGAUCCGGUUCACCUGGACGCCAUACUAAAGCUCCAUAGGCGGAUCUACCAGAUGCAGGUGACGGUUCCAGCAACAGGCUUCAACAGCUUCAACUACUCCUUCUCCUACCUUUGCCUCCCUGAUGACAAGAAUGUCUGCAUCAUUGAUGACAUCAUCCGCGCCAUGGAAGAGAUCCAGUCAGCUCGCAGCUCCAAUCGCUCCAUCCCAGUCCUGAGGUACCCCAUCACACAGCUGGCAGAUGGGCGGCAGGCGUACAUUGGCCAUCAGCUGGGUGGCGUGCAGGGCUGGGGUGCUGCAGGGGCGAUGCGAGCUCAGGGGACAGGGGUCAGGGGAGAAGGCGUCCGUUCUGCCAGGGCGCUGCAGCUCACCUACUACCUCCAAGCCCGAGGCGGCCUGAUGGACCGGGUGGCCAGCCAGUGGGAAAAGGCCUUCUGUGCUGAGCUGCGGCACUUUGCAGAGUUGCACCCAAAGCUGGGGCUCUACCCUUCUACUUCAUCUUCUCUGAGGACAGACUUCCAGUUCUCCUCGGUGCUGGCACGCCGCCCCCUGUUGGCCAGUUUGGGAGUAUGUGGGGUGCUUGUCAUCCUUUGCUGCUCCAUGAGGGACUGUGUAAGAUCCAAACCCUGGCUGGGACUGCUAGCUCUGCUGUCUAUCACACUGUCAGGCCUCACUGCUGCUGGGAUUCUCAACCUGACUGGGGCCACCUACAACUCCACAUACCUGGGCAUCCCUUUUGUCAUGCUUGGUCAUGGGCUCUUCGGCUCCUUCGAGAUGCUAUCAUCGUGGAGACGAACCCGUGAGGACCAGCACGUGAAAGAGCGCGUUGCGAGCGUCUUCGAGGAUGUCAUGCUACGUUUCUCUGGCUCGACCAUGAUCCACCUGAUGACCUUGGGUCUGGCCGCUUCCCCACUCACCAACAUGGAAGCCGUUCGGCUCUUCUGCCGGACCGCCGCCCUGGCUGUCACCAUCAGCUAUGUUUACAUUUUGUCCUUCUACAGUUCUUGUCUGGUGUUUACAGGCUACCUGGAGACCGGGUACAGACACGGCUGCUUCUGCCGGCGAGUCCCCAAACCGGACCGGCUGGAUUCUAAACCGGCUUGGUACAGAUGUUUAAUGUACACUCGUUACCAGGACGAGACCCAAGUGACAAAUCCGCCACACGGGAUUGGUCACACUCACACGCCAAACCCUGACCUUACUCACACGCACCCAAAUUCGCAUACCGUGAAUAACCCUGGCAUGCGUGGGCACAGCCAUGUUGCUAACUCCACACACCCACACCCUCACACACAUUCCACAGCAAGCACUGACCCUCAUCCUCAGGACUCCCACCUUUUGUUGGGCUGUGUGCGUCGCUGCUACGGAGACUGGAUCACUAACACUUAUGUCAAACCCUUUGUGGUUCUACUGUACCUGGUAUACAUCUCCUUUGGAUUGAUGGGAUUCCUACAGGUGACCCAGGGUUCUGACCCCAGUGCGCUGGUUGCAAUGGAUACAGCAACAGUAUUGUACACCCGAGCCCAGCAGCGUUACUUCAGCUCAUACUCUCCUGUGAUUGGAUUCUACAUUUAUGAAAGUGCUCCUUACUGGAAUGGCUCAGUGCAGCGGGACCUGCUGGAAUAUGCCAAAGGUUUCCAGAGAAUCAGCUGGCUGGAGGCUUACCUGAACUACUUGUCUGACCGCAAUCAGUCCACCAGCCUGCCACGAGAAAAUUUCACCCAUACGCUGCGCCACUCCUUUCUCCGUGAGCCACAAUUUGCCCACUUUGCAGAUGACAUUAUAUUUGCAGAGCGUGGCCAGGGUGAGGAACCUGAUGUGGCAGCUUCUCGGAUCUUUCUGGUUGCCAAAACAACGGAGAACAAACGCGAGGAGAUGUCAGUGCUGCUGGAUACGCUGCGACGCCUGUCACUGACUUCACGUGUCCGCUUCUUAAUCUUUAAUCCCUCUUUUGUCUACCUGGACCGCUAUGCUGCGGCAGUCAGCUCCCCACUUAGACACUCACUGCUGGCGGUGCUUUUCCUGUUGGGUCUGUCCUCUCUGGCUGUUGUGGAGCCACUGGUUUCUGUGUGGCUGGGCCUCACCCUGCUUUCUGUCCAGUUUGGCGUGCUGGGCUUCAUGACCCUAUGGGGUGUGGAGCUGGACUGUAUGUCUGUGCUGUGUCUGAUCUCAGCUUUGGGGCACUCGGCAGACUGCAGUGGCCCACUCCUUUGUGGCUUUGCUGCAGGUCGGGGUGAAAGCAGGACUCGCUGGGUGAGAGUGGCGCUGGAGAGACACGGGGUUCCCUCUCUACAGACGCUCAUCUGCUACAGUGCUGCCCUGGUACCUGUAGGCUCCAUACGCUCCAACCUCACACGCACACUAUUUCGCUGCCUCACCCUAACGGCCGGGUGUUCGGCCCUGCACACACUGGCCUUCCUGCCCACCCUCCUCACCUUCCUGCCCCCCUCCAAGAGCCGGGGCCAUGGGCCUGGAGGUGAGGGCCAGAGACAGGAGGUGGAGUGUGUUGAAAUGAACGACAGCACCAGAGUGGUCGACCAAAUCACCACCGUCUGAGCAUGGGACGAUUUACUAUAGUCCGAGCAGCCGCUGAGCGUGCUGCUGUCAGGAGUGCUGUUACUCUUGAAGAGAGGAAUUAAAAGAGGAAUAGAAAAGAGUAGAAGAAGAAAAGAGAGAUGAAUGAGGAGACAAAGAGAGAGGAAAACAGGUUCCAGUGCACACAUUACCUGCUUGUUGCUAGUGCUGUGUGGCAUGUGAAUGAGGUUUUUCCUAAAAAGCAAAUCAGAACUUGAAGGUAAGCUGGUUGUGAGGUAAUCACAGAG